UUUUUGUUUCAAAGGACACCUAAUAUUGAUAGACUUGCAAAGGAAGGCCUGAAACUGACCCAGCACAUAUCAGCUGCACCACUCUGUACGCCAAGCCGAGCUGCAUUCAUGACUGGGCGAUACCCAAUAAGAUCAGGUAUGGAUUUUAGCAAUGGAUUUCGAGUCAUUGUAUCAGCAGCAGUAUCUGCCGGGCUGCCUUCUAACGAGACUACCUUUGCCACAAUACUACAACAGCAAGGCUACUCCACUGGGCUUAUAGGAAAAUGGCACCUGGGUUUGAACUGUGCAUCACGUGAUGACUUCUGUCACCAUCCCAAUAGCCAUGGUUUCAAUUACUUUUAUGGCAUGCCAUUUUCUCUUUACAGUGGGUGCAAGCCAGGCUCUAUUCCUGAGUCUCCUAAUUCACCCAAACAGCAGCUUUCUUUUGUGACUCAAAUUAUCGGGUUUGGUGUACUUACAUUAACUGCUUUGAAAUAUAGCAAAAUCCUUGCAAUUAAUGGGAAAUUCCUAGUCUCUUGUGCAGUAUUUGACCUAUUGUUUUUCAUCACUUGGUACACAUUGUAUCACUAUGCUCAUCACUGGAAUUGCAUGAUCAUGAGAAACCAUGAAAUUACUGAACAACCGAUGAAUAUUGAAAGAAGCACUUCUCAAAUACUGAAAGAAGCACAUGGAUUCAUUGAAAGAAACAAGAAUGUUCCUUUUCUGUUAUUUGUUUCAUUUUUACAUGCUCACAUACCACUCAUUACCACAAAGAAAUUUACUGGAAGGAGCAAUCAUGGAACCUAUGGGGACAGUAUAGAAGAAAUGGACUAUUUGGUAGGUUCAGUGGUUGAUGCUAUUGAUACAGCAGGACUGAAAAACAAUACGUUCAUAUAUUUUACCUCAGACCAUGGAGGACAUUUAGAGGCUGCUGAUGGCAAUAUCCAGCUGGGUGGAUGGAAUGGAAUUUACAAAGGUGGAAAGGCAGUGGCUGGGUGGGAAGGUGGGAUAAGAGUACCUGGCAUAUUCAGAUGGCCUGGAGUCAUAUCUCCCAACACAGUAUGUGAUGAACCAACAAGUCUUAUGGAUAUCUUUCCCACUGUAAUUCAGUUAGGAGGAGGAGAAUUGCCAAGAGACAGGAUAAUCGAUGGUCGAAACCUAAUGCCUUUACUGAAAAAACAAGCAUUGCAUUCUGAGCACGAGUUCUUAUUUCACUACUGUGGGUCGCACUUACAUGCAGUUCGGUGGCAUGAAAAAGAAAGUGGUACUGUUUGGAAGGCUCACUUUAUUACCCCAGUAUUUUCUCCAGAAGGCGCAGGAGGCUGCUAUGAUUUCAAGGUUUGUCCCUGUAAUGGAGAUCGUGUAACGUACCAUAAUCCUCCAUUGUUAUUUGACAUCUCAACAGAUCCUUCUGAGUCCAGUCCACUCCAACUUCAUUUGAAGCCACAAUAUAUGCAAGCAAUUAAUCGCAUUAAACACGCAAUAGAAGAACAUCAGAGAACAAUAAGCCCUGUACCACAACAGUUAUCUUUAACGAAUAAUUUUUGGAAUCCAUGGCUUCAGCCAUGUUGUGGGACAUUUCCUUUUUGCUGGUGUGACAAAGACAUUAACCUGACUUCAGCAGGCUAAAUUAUGUGAUCAUAUUCAGUUAUUACUCUGCAUUCUGUUUAGAACAUAAUCCCUUUAACUAAUCUUGAUUUUAAUGAUGCUGAUUGUGGUUUAGAUUACGGUUUGAAAUACCGGCCCCUUUGCUUACAGGAUACCAAAUGCACAUUUUAUUAUUAAAGACAUUUAUUAUGGAUACUGCCCAAGACCUGAUAAGUUGUGUGUAAUCCUUUGACUCACCCUGGGCAGGUUUAUGAGCAGUACAGUAUAGUACUUACUACAUUAUACUAUAACUAUACUGUAUUAUACUUGAGAGCAAAAAAUACUAGGGAGAAUAACAAAAAAUAUGUGGGUAAUAGGAUAUGUGCUGGAGUGUAUUAUUCAUUUGAGAACAUUUAAAUGUUUUGGCUAAAAAGAAAAAAAGAUGUUUUUUCUCCUUCAAACAGAAGCAAGUAAGCAGAAUAAAUAAAGUUGGCAUCAAACGAUUAAA